CUCUCUCCUCUGCCGCACUUCCUCCUCUCUCCCCGUCCCUCCCCGCGGCGAGCGCGCUCCACUGCGCUCCGCGCUCCGUCGUCGUCGUCGUCGUCAUCGCGGUGGAACGACUCCUUCCUCUCCUCUCUCCUCUUGCUCCUUUUCUUUGGUAGUCAGCCAUGGCGAGUGGCGGCCGCCGGGGGAGGCGUCGCGGUUGGGCCUCGCGGUUGGUCGCUUGUUUCUCUUCUCCGGUUGGCGGGGUUUAAGAGGCUGUUGUUCCCCUUAUCGGGCAGCUGCGUUCUUCUCCUAUGAGGCAUUGCGAGAUGGUUUGCUCUUUCAGUUGACAUGUGGUGAUGGGGGCCUGAGUUAUGAAUGACAAUGAAUCAGAUGUUCAGAGUUUUGAAGAACUUGGUGUCUGUAAAGUUAGACGAUGUUUGUUAUGUGUUAGUCAAUGGUUGAUUCUCGUACUGAAAUUUUGGUGGGAGAUCAUUGAGCCCGUUGCUGUUUGACCAACUUAAUCUGGGAUCUUAGUAGUAGAGCCAGUCAUCAUGGGGGGUGCGUGUUCCAGGAAAAGAUAUCAACAGGUGCGUGAAGAUGAUGUAAGAAGAGGAAUUCCAGGGAAAUACUGCAAAAACUAUAGCUCAAAAUGGCUCGGAAGUUCCCUGCCUCGUGCAGGCGCAGGCAUGUCACGUGGGAGCACAUGCCCUACACUUAUGGAAUUGACCAUUCAUAAAAUAUGUGAGCAUAUAAAUGAAUACAGUAGCUUCGCCAUGAUUCCAAGAGAUAUAAGUCAGCAGAUAUUCAAUGAGUUGGUUGAUUCUCACCUUCUGACUGAUGUUUCAUUUGAAGCCUUCCGCGAUUGUGCUCUCGAAGAUGUUUACCUGGGUGAAUACCCCGCAGUGAGAGACAGUUGGAUGAGUGUCAUUGCAUCUCAGGGUCCAUCUCUAUUAUCUGUAGAUAUUUCUGCCUCGGAUGUGACAGACUCUGGGCUUGAUCUCCUCAAGGAUUGCCCAAAUCUUCAGGGUCUGACUCUUGAUUACUGCUAUAGGUUAUCUGAUUCUGGGCUGGGGUUUCUUUCAGAUCUGUCAAACCUGACCACCUUGAGUUUCAAAAAGAGUAGUUCAAUAACUGCACAAGGAAUGGCUGCCUUUGCUGGCUUAACUAAUCUGAAAAGUCUGGAUCUGGAAAGGUGUCCGGGCAUUCAUGGUGGACUUGUGCACCUCAGAGGUUUGACGAAGCUUGAGUCACUUAAUAUUGGAUGGUGUAACUGCAUUACAAAUUCCGACCUCAAACCUCUUUCAGGAUUGACAAACUUGAGAGUGUUGCUGCUGCCGCGAAGUAAAGUCUCUGAUGAUGGAGUUGUCUUUCUAAAAGGUAUGCAUGAACUUUCACUGUUGAACAUGGAAGGAUGCCCAGUUACUGCAGCAUGCUUAGAGACGAUUUCAGGACUCGCCAAGCUGUCACACUUAAAUGUUCAAAGAAGCAAUCUAUCUGAUGAUGGUUGUGAUAAGUUUGCAGGACUUGUGAACCUGAAAGUGUUGAAUAUAGGUUUCAACAAUAUCACAGAUGCAUGCUUAAAGCAUUUAAAAGGUUUAACAAAUAUGGAGAGCUUGAACUUGGACUCAUGUAAGAUUGGCGAUGAAGGGAUGGCUUACUUGGAAGGAAUGAAAAGAUUGCGGUGUUUGGAGCUGUCUGACACCGAGGUUGGAAGCAGUGGGCUUCGUCAUCUCUCUGGUUUGAGGAAUCUAGAGAGUGUAAAUCUUUCAUUUACUUUGGUUACUGACGGUGGUUUGAGAAGACUCUCAGGAUUGACAUCACUUAAAUCACUGAAUCUGGAUACUCGGCAAAUUACAGACACAGGGCUUGCAUCACUUACAAGUCUUACAAGUUUGACACAUCUGGAUCUUUUUGGUGCUCGCAUCACAGAUUAUGGAACAAACUACUUAAGAUAUUUCAAAAAUCUUCGAUCACUUGAAGUGUGUGGAGGAGGUAUAACUGAUGCUGGGGUAAAAAAUAUCAGAGAGCUUACUUGUUUGACACAUUUGAACCUCUCCCAGAAUUGCAAUCUCACGGACAAGGCACUCGAAUCAAUUUCAGGACUGACAGCGCUGGUUUCACUGAACGUUUCAAGCUCACGGGUUACAAACGCAGGACUGCAGCAUCUCAAGAUGUUGACAAACUUGAGGUCCCUCUCCUUGGAGUCGUGCAAAGUUGCACCCAAUGAGAUCAAGAAACUGCAGCUGAGCGCACUUCCAAACCUGGUAAAUAUUCGUCCCAAGUAGCUGAUUCAGUAAUGGCUGUUAAGUAUAAAGAUAAGGUGGUGUUACUCAGAGAGCUGUGUACAUAAGACAAUCAUGUAGAUAUGUCUCUGUAAAUAGUUUGUAAAUAAUGAACUUAAAAUGACUGAAAUAAUCUUUAUGUUCAGAAUGUAAAUAUUGUUAUUCUGCCAGCAAAUGUGUAUCUAUGCUUGGCCUGCUACACUUAUGUUUUCAUUCAAUAAAUAUCAGAAAAUGUACAGACACACACGGAAA